CCGUGCCCCGCCAGGGAGCGCGGCAUCGCCCUCGUGUGUGUCACCCCGGCCCGGGUCAUCCCGUCGUCCCGGGAAGAUGCAUUCUUUUGGGAACGAAGAGGCGGAUUCUCUGCAACGUCUUUUCGGGUUUUUCUGUGAAUGCGUACGGCGCGGGCACUGGGAGCUUGCCCAGGCCUGCGUGCCCCAGCUGAGCCGGUGGCAUGGGGACGGCCCCGCGAAGGUGGAGGCGAUUCUUCAGGCUCUGGUAGCCUGUCCCGUGGCUGUAAGAUGUGGACAGAAUUCUAGCCCAUCGAGAGCUGCAUGGCUUUGGCUUCUUGUGCUGGAAAAAUGGCUUGCCAUGAAUCAGAAAACUGUUCCAGUUGCUCUUCGGAAAGAAACUGAAUUUUUGUUGUUCUUGGAAGAGCUGCAGAAAGAUGUCUCUGAGGAAGUCCUAAAGGAACUGUUUGAAGCAUUUGAGUGCACACAGAACAAGCCCAUCACAGAGAGCAAAAGAAGAGAUGACUGUUCUCACAAAUUCAGUUUGGAUGUUGUUUCAGCUCUCCGGAAGCUUUUGCUGCGGGCUCCCCAGAGGGCAAAAGCCCUGCUGGAGUUCUUCCAGGGGGAGCAAAGCACACCCUGCUCCUCACUCCAGCAGUAUCACUCUCUGAAAAACAUCUUUGUCGAGUUCCUUUGUGACUCCUUGAAAUCUCUGCAGAGGCUUCAGAGCAGCUCUGAGCUUUCAGCUGAGCUAGAUCAAAGAGAACUAGUAGAUACAAUUUAUGCUGCUCUCAGUAUAGUGACUUUUGAGGUGGAGCAUCAAGCAGAUGAAAUAAAGCACCUAUUCAGGGAGCUCUUGGAUGUAUGCUGGGCUGAGGGGAGCCCUCUGAGGGAAGAGAAGCUACUAAACUGUAUGUUGAGGAAACAGAGCCAUGGCCUGCUAAGCCUCUAUAGCAAUGUUGUCACAGAAAGAACAAGAGAAAAGUUUUUGUUGUCAAAAUCAAUACAAAAAGGUUCAUCUGAGCAGCUGGAUACAGAGCAAACUGUGAUGAGGUUGUUCUCAGAUCCCAAAGAAGCUCCUUCUUGGAAGACAGCCUAUUUCUACUGCUUGAGCAGCAGCAAGCACUUUCUGGAACAGAUUCUGGUGACUGCAUUAGCUUUACUAAAAAGAGAAGACUACUCAGGCCUGAAGAGCUUGUUGAGGAGGGAAUUCAACCCUCUUAGCCGCCUCCUGGUGUUGUUAGGAUGGACUCAUUGUCAGAGCUUGGAAUCAGCAAAAGCAUUGCUAUGGACUCUACACAAAACUCAGGAUCUGUGCAAUGAUUCAGUAUUGAAAGAUUUUUGUGAUGGGCUGUGGACUCACGUGGAAGUUCUUGAAUGGUGCAUGCAGCAAAAUAGUAUUACUGUCCCAAGGAAGGUUCUGUUGCAACACUUGCACAAUCUGGAUUGCCACACUGCAGUGUAUUCUCUGCAUCAUCUCACCAAUCUUCUGGCACUGAAUGAAGAUGAUGUUAUUGAGCUUCUUCAAAAAGUUCCUGCCAGAGACCAGCAGAUGCAGGCAGCCACGCUCCCUAACACCCUGAGCCAGCAGCGCAACCUGGCCCUCUUCAGAGCGUUCUGCGCCAUGAAGUAUGCCAUCUACGCUCUCUGUGUGAACUCACACAGGCAUGCCAGGUGCAAGGAUUGUGUACACAGCCUUCUUGGUGAUGUCCCUGAGGAUGCAACUUCUGGAGAACCAGCAGAUUACUCUUCAGUAUUUCCUCAGUACAUUGCAAAGUGUCAGCAGUUCUUAAGGAGUGUUCCCGUUCCUCUGCGCCUGGAGGUUUUGGAGAAUAUUUUCUCCUUGCUUUUCAUUUCCUAUAAUGACCUCUAUACUGACACUACUCUACCUGAGGACUAUGCAGAGGAUGAAGACCUUGACAAAAAGUGCGCUACUCUGAGCGUAGAAGGCAGUGACAGUCGGCGCUCCUCCACCACGCAAAGUCCCCAACACCUAACAGAGGCUGAAAAAAAAUCAGAGAAGUCUCUGCUGGCUGCACAAACACUUCACACAGAUACCCGAGAUCUUUGUGACUCCGUGUUAGAUGGCAAAAGCUGUGAAACCUCUAAGCCAAGCUGCCUGGAUCUGAAACACUUCACCAGUGGUGUUACUGGAUUUUUAGUGGAUGAUGUGGCCAUGGAGGCCUUCCUCACAUUGCUUCUCAACCACUUGGAAGAAAUCCAGAGUUCUCUCCCGUGGGACUCCAGUAAUGUGCUUCGUGAAGAGCUGGAGCUUGUUGAGUGCUUGAAUCUUUCUGCAAGCAGAGAUGCCUUUGGAAGUCGCGUGUUACAGUUUUCCAAAUACCUUUCUGAAGCUCACUGGCGAUACAAGGUGGUGAUGAGUAACAGAAAUGCAGAACAUCAGCUUGCAGCAUCCAGGAGAUAUUGCUCUUUAAUCAGGUGCUCCAGCUUGAAGAAACGAAGUAGAUAUCGGAGGUACAAGACAGAUGGGAAAGAGGGAGCAUCCAGUCCAUCAUUAGAAAGCACAAGUAGCGAGCUAAGCACCAGUACCUCAGAGGGAAGUGCCAGUAGUGUGUCUGGCUUGAGCGAUUUGGAAAGCAGGGCAAGACCACGUCAGCAGAACUCCCUCAUUCCUAUGAUGCUUUCCCCACCAGAAUCACUGUUAGUUUCUUGUGUUUUGAGAGGGAACUUUGUGGAAGCCCACCAGGUUGCUUUGAUGUUUAAUCUGGAGGCUUCCCCUUGCUAUGGUGAGUUGGUUUUCAUGGAGCGUUACCAAGAGGCUGUACGAGAAAUGGCGAGAGUGGAGCACAAUAUUGAGAAUCAAGCAUCGGAUGGCCCUGGAGGCAUCAGGAAAUCUGGCAGUGGCCGUUCAACACUGCAAGCUAUUGGCAAUGCAGCAGCAGCUGGUAUGGUAUUUUAUUCCAUCUCGGAUGUUACUGAUAAAUUGCUUGCAACUUCUGGAAGUCUUGCUCCUGCUCUUCAAGAAAACUUCUGGGUCAGAAACAUCCAGCUGGAGCAUACUGAUCCUCUGCGAGAAGUCCUGGAGGACCUCAGUCCUUCAGCAAUGGCAGCAUUUGACCUAGCUUGUACUCAGUGCCGCCUCUGGAAGACAUGCAAACAGCUUCUGGAGACAGCAGAAAGGAGGCUCUACAACAGCCUUGAAACUCGGGGCCACCGACCUGACUUUGUUCUACUGCACUCUGAAGGUGUCAAGGGUUUUCCAGCAGUUCUCCAGCAAAUAAGUAAAAUUCUCAACUAUUCCUGCACAUCACAAGGUCAAUCCAGACCAGAGGUGUCUGAUGAGAAAAUAGGGAGUCAUUUUCGAUGCAGUAUUGUAGACCUUCUGCAAGCUUGCUACCCGGCCUUGACUGAAGAAAGUAUUACUAAUGAAAUUGUUUUAUCGCAAAACUUGGAUCAUAUCCUAAAAGCACUGACAUGUGUUGAACGUUCUGUGGACUCUAAAGGGAGCCUGCUUGGCACCUUGGUGGAGCAGGGCUCUCUCAAACCCGUGGAGCUGGAGAAGCACCUGGUUUGGAACCAAACACAGCUCCUGCUGAGAACUCUUGACCAGCACAGCCAAAGCGUACGAGAGAGCAACACACAGACGAACUUUGUGAAGGCCUUCCUUGACUACAUCACUACUCUGGCUGCUGUGGUGUUGCGGAGCUUGAAUGCAGAGCUAGAUGUAUCUGCAGAAGUGAAAGUGGGAAACCCAUUUAUACUGUUACAGCAGAGUCCAACUCAGCUGCUUUCCCAGCUUGUUUUUGAGAGACAAGUUCAUCCUGACAGACUUUCUUCUCUGUUGGCUAAAGAAGGGUUGAACCUGAAUGUGCAGCAAGUCAUUGUUAACUCUUGCUGUGAGCCACUGUCCUUGUGUAGCGCAAGGCAAAACAGCCAGGCAAAGUCUCUUCUGACCAACAUCAGCAACUUGACACAGCAGUGUGCCUGCCACUGCCUGCCAGAUGUUGAAAUACCUAUUCACAAUUCUGCAGUGACCUCUGAGGAUAUCUCCACUCAGACCUCAUCCUCUCUGAAUGAAUUGAGCCAGCACACACUGACUGCCUCCUCCCUGGACUUCCUGAAGUCUCAGUCGAAGCUGAUGGCUACAGUGGCAUGUCUGAGUGCAUCUAAUAUACAGAAAGUUCACAAAUCAGGUUUGUCGUGGAUGGAAUUUCGGGGCAAACGGGAAGUGCCCUUAGGCUUGGAGCAGAUUUCCAGGGAGUGUGAGGCAUUGUUGAAGGAGUUCCCAAUAUUGGAACGAUUUCUUCUUGCUAUGUUUGAGCCACUUUGGAAUCAAGAGGAAGGUAGCAGUUUGGCUGCUGUCUUCUCUGGCAAGGCAUACAUGUCUCUGGUGCUCCUGGGGUUACAUUCCACCACAGCUGUUAAAGUGUUAACAGGAGUCUUUGAACAAGCUCUUGCGGCCAAGGACUGGGACAGAGCUCUGAAGGUCUUGGAUCUGUACUGUCAGGAUGUGGAGGAAGUGGUCAGUGUGAAGGAUGCUGUGCUGAGUUGUGCAGCUGCUGAAGAUAAGGAUGGUUGGCAAUACUUGUUCCCUGUAAAAAAUGCAGUGUUGAGAAGUAGCCUGGCCCUGCGCUGCCUGGACAAGUGGCCCCUUGAUGCCUGUUUGGAAAUUCUAGCUUACUGCAUUUCUGACCUGGGCAUACCUCAUGAACUAAAAGCCAAUCUGCAGAGCAGGAAGAAAGAACUUCAGGUUUAUCAAAAGAUUUUGAAUGUGCAAAAUGAACCAUUGUGGAAUGACUGGCAGGAUCUGAAAAAAGCCUGCUCUGAUGAUCCUCAGGCUGUCAUGAAUAUCAUUCUGAAAGCAAAGGAUUAUGAAUUGUGUGAGGAAUGGGAACACUUGUACCCUGUCCCAAGAGAAGACUUGAUCAACCUUCACCGUGAGCACCUUCUCCACUUACUGGAGAUGGGAGACAUGGAAAAGGCAUUGCAGCUUUUACAAAGAAUUGAAGACCCUGGUGUCUGCCUUGCCAUCAGUGAGCAGUCCCUGGACCAGCAUCCGAACUUGGCAGCGUCUCACUUCUUGGCUGAUUACCUCACAGCUCACUUCUAUGCCAGUCUGACAGCGGCCCGCCGGAAUGAAAUCCAGGCACUCUAUAUAGGGUCCAAGGUGCUGCUGACUCUGCCUGAGGUCUCCCGUGUUAACUACUUCCACCUCUCCUCAAGGCCACUGCUCAUGCUGGAACAGCUCCUCAUGAAUAUGAAGGUGGACUGGGUGGCUGUAGCUGUGCAGACACUGCACCAGCUCUUGGCUGGGCAGGAAAUUGGCAUUACUGUAGAAGACAUUGACAGUUUGCUUUCCAAGUAUGCAGAAAAAGCUCUCAACUUCCCCUUCACAUUAAAGGAAAAGCGAUCAGAUUCUCUGAUACGUAUUCAGGAAAGUCUCAAUCAGGUAUUGGAGUGUGAAGCAUUGUCUAAAUCAGGAUCAUCAGAACUAUCUCCUGUCAGCUUUACUGGUGUAACCACAUCUGCAAGUCCCAGAGACAGAAGUCUGCCACAGAACUUGUUUCCUCAAGAAUUUGUGCCUCCUGAGAAGCCACCACCCAAGCAGCAAUGGAUACCUGAUGACACUGAAACAAUAUGUAUGGUUUGCAAAACUGAACGCUUUACUAUGUUUAACAGGCGCCAUCACUGCCGGCGCUGUGGCAGGCUGGUCUGCAGCUCCUGCUCCACCAAGAGAAUGGAAAUAGAAGCUUGCAGAGAAAAUCUGUCUCGGGUGUGUGAUCAAUGCUAUAGCUACUGCAACAGAGAAAACGUGCCUGGCUCAGUGCAGGACACAAGCACAAAAGAAGAUCAGGACCAAGUGGAAGAAACUUCUAAUAAUGAAUAUUCCACAGUGGUACGAAUACCCAAGGCAACUGAUCUUGAAUGGAUUUUUUCCCUGAAUGAGGAGGAGAAUGAAAUUGUACGCAGAGAGUUUUAUUAUGAGCAGGCUCCCAGCUCUUCCUUGUGUAUUGCCAUCCUUAGCCUGCACAGUGACAGCAUAGUGUGUGGCCACCAGCUGAUAGAACACUGCUGCAAGUUGUCCCAAGGGCUCACUAAUCCUGAGGUGGAUGCUGGACUCCUCAUGGACAUCAUGAAACAAUUGCUCUUCAGUGCUAAAAUGAUGUUUGUAAAAGCUGGAAGGAGCCAGGACCUAGCUCUCUGUGACAGCUACAUCAGCAAAGUGGAUGUGUUGAAUAUUUUGGUUGCUGCUGCCUACCGUCCAGUGCCACCUUUGGAUCAGAUCCUUCUCCCAGCAGCAGUAACAAGACUGAGAAAUCAGCUUUUGGAAGCAGAGUACUAUCAACUAGCUAUAGAGGUUUCUACAAAAUCUGGAUUGGAUCCAGGUGGAGCAUGGCAUGCCUGGGGCAUGGCUUGCCUUAAAGCUGGAAAUUUGACUUCAGCAAGAGAGAAGUUUACCCGAUGUUUAAAGCCACCCAUGGAUCUAAACCAGCUGAACCAUGGUUCAAGGCUGGUCCAGGAUGUGAUACAGUACCUGGAGUCCACAGUGAAGCCUGUACUCAUCACAGAUGAUGAUUACUUUGCCACUUUGAGGGAACUUGAAGCAACACUGAGGACAAGAAGUCUGUCUCUGGAGGUGAUGUGUGAGGGGAAGAUUCAACACAACAGCUAUUACCAGGAGUGCUUGUUCUAUUUACACAGUUACGGCACCAAUCUGGCAAUAAUAAGCUUUUACAUGAGGCAUGACUGUAUGAGAGAAGCACUGCUUCACUUGUUAAAUAAGGAAUCCCCAUCAGAAGUGUUUAUUGAAGGGAUCUUCAUUCCAAGUUAUGAAAGUGGAAAGCUGCAUAUGUUGGAGAACUUGUUGGAAACCAUUGAUCCAGGAUUGGAAAGCUGGGGAGUCUAUUUGAUUGCAGCCUGCAAAUACUUGCAGAGAAAGAACUAUUACCAUAUUCUGUAUGAACUGCAACAGUUCAUGAAGGAUCACGUCCGUGCUGCCAUGACCUGCAUUAGGUUUUUCACUCAUGGAGCAAAGUCUUACACUGAACUUGGAGGAAAACAGAUGUGGCUUCUAAAGAUCAAGGACCAUCUCAAAGUCUAUCUGCAGGAGGUCUCGAGAAGUUCAGGAAGGAAAAAAAUGGCAUUCACUUUUCGGAAGAAAAUGUCUGCUACAGAUGUGUCAAGGCACAUCAAUACAGUUGAUCUGCAGAUGGAAGUAACAAAAUUCCUGCAUCAGUGUGAGAGCUCUGGAGCCUCUCAAAUGACAGACUCCUCCUUACCCACACUCUUUGGAAACAAUAACAUGAAAAUGGAUGUUGCUUGCAAGGUCAUAUUGGAAGGCAAAAACAUUGAGGAGGGGUUUGGGAUUGCAUUUAGAGUUCUUCAGGACUUCCAGCUAGAGGCUACAGAGGUGUACAGCAGAGUGGCCAAGCAGCUGGUGAAGCAGCAGAAAUACAGUGAGAUCCAGCAGCUCCUGAAGUGUGUCAAUGAGUCUGGAGUGGCAGCAAAAAAUGAUGGGGAUAACAUUAUCCUAAACUGUCUGAAUGAGUUCAGAAACAUUCCUGCUGAGGAUCUCGAUAAUCUGAUUCAGGAUAUGGACAGUGAUGAAAACAAGAUCCAGGCGUACCUGCUGUGCCACAAGCUGCGCUCGGCCUACCUGGUGUCGGUGCGGCAGGAGCGGGCGCGCGCCGUGCAGCUGGUGCAGCGCGUGCGGCAGCUGGCCCUCAGCAGCGGCGACCACGUCGUCACGGCCAUCUGCGCCCAGUGGCUCUCCGUGCACCAGCCCAAGGGCAGGCACCGGCUCCCCCAGGGCACCAGCAAGUGAUGGGCGACUGACACGGGCCGUCCUGCCGGAGCAGAAGGCUUCGGGACAGCUCGGGGGCGUCUGCUUCCGCGGCCUGUAGGUACAGUGGAACUCUGAUGGCUGAUGGCGGUGGAGAUGGAUGUUGCUAAUGUGCCUCUGGUGAAAGGAAGGGAACUAAAUUUACAAGUGCCAGUCCUGUAUUCUGACAAACAGUCACUACCUCAGGGUGUUUUUUGGCUCUCUUUUUGAUGGGGGGUGGGGGGGGGGGGGGCAGUUUCAAACUGAACAAGCAAGGAUUUAGGUGUAUGGAAGAGAGCACUUCUGUUUCUGGCUUUAGUUUUUGGGUUUUGUUGGCUUUUAAUUUUUGGGGGGAUUGAUAUUUUUUGAAAAGCACUGGACUUAUUAAUAUAUGUUUUAUUUUUAAUCCAGAAAACAUAUGUAGAGAGGACAGAAAAAUUUUAUCAACUCAUUGUAGCCUAGAGUAUAAAAUUUUUGUGAUGUUUCCUGAAAAGUUUUCGAAAUUGGAGAAUUCUUCUGUUUCAAAGACUAAAACUCAGAUUUUUUUUUUAAGCCUCUAGACAAAUCAUUGCUACUUCUUUUUUAUCCCCCCCACACCCAGUAUAGUGUACCCAUUUUUUUUAGUUUGUUUGAUAAGGUAGGAACUGAUUCUUUUGGCACAUUUGAACUUACCAGUCACACUGUGUUUUGUGUGCCAUAGAUGUGGUACUUGGGCUAGUGCCAACUAAAUGAAUGAAGUUAUAAAGGGCAUGUGCGGUAAGGGAAGUACAAAGGGAAAAUAAGCCUUUAAAAUAGCUGAAAAAUCAUGUGCCUCUUUCUUUACUGCAGUAAUACCCAAUAAAUCAUUGUGCUGCAGCUUUAUGACUGAAUAGUUGACAGUAAACUUCCACAGUUUUUCAUCAGGUAUGGCAAAGAAUAAUGAUAGAGCAAGCUGUGGCAAAAUUAAACAGGUGGUCUGUAUCCCUUUCACAUAGGGAUGUAUUUAUUUAUUUAUUACCAGAAUAAUUUGUCCCUCUCAAGUACAAUAGAACAUGGAACUGGACAUGCCCUGUAUUGAUGGGUUUUGCUCUGGAAGUGCAAGUUGAUUGGUUUUAUGAAAAAAAAAGCAGCAAUCUCUGUGCAAUGUCUGUGUUCAGGGAUGCUGAAAAAAAGUAGCUGCUUCUCUGCAACUAGUAUUGGGACAUGACAAACUGGCAAAAAUGUGUUAGACAGUAGUAGGACUGUCAAAAAAAAAAGAACAAAACAUGGCAUUCCCCAAGUUUGUGUUUGCUGUUUACAUGUAUUUCAGCACAAGAAGUAGGAAAACUAAUUCACUUUUUUAUUAAAAAGUUGUUUACAUCAAAAAACCAACAGGUUUUCUGAAGUGUAAUGUAAUUGUAAAUAGUUUUAGUACAUAAAAUAAUUGAGACUACGAAGUUAAGAGUUUUGCACUAUCCCCAAGCUCCCUAUAAUGAAAGAACAGACUUCCAUGGUGUUGGAAAGGAUUUGGUCCAUCUUCUUCAGGGUUUCAAGAGCUGACACAAACACUUUGGAGGUGCUCUGCUCUGCUCACUAGAGCAGAAAUGACCACAUACAGCUUUCAGAAUCCCCUGAGCACAGAUUUGCAUUAUCUCAUUAGUGAGCAGUACUAAUGAAAGCUUUUGUUUCCCUGGCCAGACUGACCUAGCUUUCCAUCAGCUUACAGCCAUCAGGCUAAUCCUAAAACGUGACACUACCUAUGGCUUCAGUCAUUUUAAAAUCUCUGAUUCUGGGGAGGAGAUUUUACUGUGUGAGGGGAUCCAGAUCUGCAUUGCUGUCAUGUUCCUGUUCUGCUCACGUUCCUUCAGCUGCAGAGAGCACUGAGAGUGGAGUUUGCCAUGCAGACCCAUCAGUUCCCUACCUGCCCUUCUUCCUGACCUCUUUGCACUGUACCUGAUGCACUUUAUAUGGUGUUUGGUGUAAUUUGAUGUUCUUAACCUGGAAUUGUAGGGAUCUUCCUUGUACCAGCAGAACUGGAAUUUUGACCCCAGUUAAUUACAUUGUGUCAUAAAUUGUGCAAUUAUCAAGGGGCUUUGAAUUUUUGAGCAGGAAGAAGGGAUUGAAUACUGCCAGUUUAAGAGAAUUUCUCUGUUACUGACCAAGGUUUGUUUACAACUAAAACAAAAAUAAAGUAUUAUGACUGUUAA